AUGGGGACCGGCGCGCGAUCCGAGGGCCUUCCGGGGUGGGACGCCCUCGCGGUGUUCUCGGUCACGCUCGCGCACUGCCUCGCGCUGCAGGUGCUCAAGGACGCGCGUUCCCUUCCGUCGCUCGGACCUUCGACCGCGUGGCGAUGGACACCCACCGCGCUGCUCGCGCUCUCCGUCGCGAGGGUGCACGCCGCGCCUCGCUCCACCGACGCGCUCGUCGCGCUGGCGAUGAACGGGAUCAUCACGCUCGCGUGCAACGGAUCGCAGAGCAACCACGUGCUCCUCGAGCUGGCGAUGUGCGCGGCGGUGCUGCUCUGCGCGCCGUCGGUGACGUCGGGUCGGCGGCGGGCGUCGUCAACGGAGAUGGAUCCAUCGCGCGCGCGCCGGGCGUUCUCGCGGCGGCUGACGUUCUCCACGCGCGCGGCGCUGUGCGUCCUCUACGCCACCACCGGCUUCGCCAAGCUCAACGACGACUGGCACGACCCGAACGUGUCGUGCUGCGUCCAGAUGCUCGUGGGCGCGUUGAGCGGGAUGGGUCUCGACGCCCGUCACGUCUCCGUCGUCGCCCCGGAGCGCCUUCGCGCCUUCAUCCCGUACGCCGCCACCGCGUUCGAACUCGGGUUCCCGCUCCUGUGCGUGACGUCCACGUGUCGCAUCUUCGGCGGGCGCGGGUUCGCGUGGGACGGCGGCGCCCCAACGACGGUUCGACUUCUGACGGCCGUCGGCGCCUCAUUCCACGCGCUCAUCGCGAUGCCGCCGCCGCCCAUGAGCGUGUACCCGUUCUCGAUGAUCAUGGCGCCGAUGUACGUCGCCGGCGCGGUGCCCCACGAGACGGGCGUCGCCGCGAGCGCGUUCGCGGCGAGGUGGAAGAGCGGCGGCGCGUCCUUCCGCGCGGGGGUGUGGGCGGUCGCGAUCCUCGCCGUCGCCGUCGCCAUCAAGCAACACGAGGCGCACUCGUACUUUGAGUAUCCCCCGUAUUUCGCGUGGGAGCUGGGCGCGCUCUGGGUGGUGUGCGCGUUCGGCGCCCUAGCCUACGCCGCGCUGAGGGGAACGAGGGGAACGAGCACGUCCUCAAGCGAGGGGAACGGGGGGGAGGAGUUCGAGAAGGGGGACGAAGGCCUUUCGCGACGCGCGCGGGCCAAGGCGUUGGCGCCGGCUGCGUUUAUUUUUUUGGUCUCGGCUUCGACGUACGUCGGCGUUCGAACGUACCCGAGCUUCGCCAUGUUCAGCAACCUGCGCGUGGAGGGCGGGGCCAGCAACCAUUGGGUGUUUCGGAAUCACCACCCGAUGAAUCUGGACGCCUUCGAUCCCAUCGCCGCCGGUCGCGAUGAGACGUACCGACACGGCGUGCUGGUGACGGAGACAAACUUACCGAGCCUUCGGACGGCGCAGGUGAACCUCGCGCCGCUCCUGCCUUCCGCCACGAUCGACGCGCUGAAUGCGGCGGGGUGCAGACGCGAGUUUCACGUCACCCCGCCCAAGUGGCCGUACCCCCCCACGGAGCCGGUGUUCGUGCCGUACGCGAUCCCGCCGGUCGAGGUGCGAAGGCGGGUGGCGUCGGCGCUGAAGGAUGGGACGGGGAUGGCUGAUUUUUUCGUCGAGUACCGGUGGGUCCGAGGGGGCACGGAAGAGGACGGGCCGGUGAGGCGGCUGGUGGUGAAGGGGGGGAAGGUGGUGGUCGGUGCGGAGAGCGGGCUGGCGGUGGGGCUCGGCGCGUUCGAAGGGUGGCUGAGACGGUUCAGGACGUUCGACGUCGGGUCCAGCCCGUGUAGGCACUAGUAG